GAAAAUGUAUAGUCUGUAAUAUAUCUAUAGUUUGCACAGUAAUACUGUGCUCUUAUCUAUUUUCGUGUAUAGUAUAUUUCUCUCUAAAAACCCUUAGACAACAUGUGAUAAACAAUGUUAAACUUUACAACAACUGUAUUCUUGUCUGUCAGAAAUGCAAAAUUCUAUAUUAAGAUCUAAAAAAUGUAUUUUACAUGAGGAGGUUACUAUGACGCAAAAUAUUGGAUCAAGUUCACUGAUUAUUAUGCGAAGGUUGAUAAAUGUUUAUAGAUUAUUGUUCAGUUUAAUUUACGAGUAUGCCAAGGGUUUAGCAAUUUCUGUAACAGCGAUAUUACUACUAACAUUUUGCUUGCAUCCUGGACGUUUUGCCUCACAUUAUGAACAUAUCAAAGCCGAAGAAAUUGUUUCAGAGUUGGAAAAGGCUUAUACACCAAAAGGCAAUGCUUGCGCUGUUAAUAUAAGCGAUAGAAAGUUUUCGCAACUUUUGUACCCAAAUGAAAAUCCCACAGAAGAACCAGCAGCAUUAGCUCGAAGAUUAGCUGUGUUACCUGGAGGUCAAUGGAGACCAUCAAAUUGUCAACCUGUUUACAAUGUUGCGAUUAUUCUUCCUUACAGAAAUCGUCAGAAACAGUUGCAUAUAUUUAUGGAUUAUAUUCACCCUUUUUUACAAUCACAAAAUUUAGAUUACAGGAUUUUUGUAAUCGAACAAAGUGAGACCAAAGAGUUCAAUAGAGCUAAGCUUUUUAAUGUAGGAUUUGUUGAGGCAACUAAAGUUAGCGACUUCCACUGUUUUAUAUUUCAAGAUGUUGAUCUUAUCCCUCAGAAUCCAAAUAAUAUAUAUGCAUGUACUAAAUUACCAAGGCACAUGAGUUCAAGUGUGAAUACAUUUAGAUAUAAUCUUCCUUACAAUGGUUUAUUUGGAGGAGCUGUUGCACUUUUGAGACAGCAAUUUGAAAAAGUUAAUGGUUUUUCAAAUGUGUACUUUGGAUGGGGAGGUGAAGAUGAUGACUUUUAUAGUAGAUUACAAAGUAGAGGUUUUCCUGUGGUCAGAUUUGGACCAGGUAUAGCACAAUAUUACAUGCUGAAACAUAAAAAGGAAUUGCCUAACAGCGCACGAUUUAAGCAUUUGAAAAAUGGAGCAAAACGAUUUGAUACUGAUGGUAUAAGCGAUCUUGAAUAUAAAGUUUUAAAUCAUCAAUUGCGCCCAUUAUAUUCUUGGAUUCUAGUCGAUGUUUGAAAUUACACUUCGAAUGUGAUCUUGAUAAACUUUUUACAAUAGUUAAUUUUGUUGUCACACUGAAAAUUAUCAAACGAGAAUCUUAUUUUUAGAGUAAUUGAUCUGCAAAAGUGAAAUAAUGUAAAUGAUUGUAUAUAUGUUAUUAUUUGUUUAAAUGAACUGAUUAUAGUAUUAUUGUACAAAUUAUAAUUUUUUUUAUAAUAUAGUUACCAUUUAGAUUUCUUAAUAAAUGUAACGUUAAUAAAGAUUUUUUUCUCAAAAAAACAAAACUUUAGCAAUUAAUUUUUUUAUUUUAAUACACAAAAUGAGUAACAGCAAAGCAUUUAAGUAAAUUAUACAGACGAAAUAAAAAAUAGUUUACAACUUUUUGAUGUAUACAAUUUUUCAAAGUAUAAAGAUUAAAAAAAAGCCAUGUGUGAUUACAAAUCUACAAUUUUAUAUAUAAUUUUUAAUAAACAAUGUAUUGAAUAAAAUUGACGUUCAUCAUUAACUAUUUUUUAAAUUGAUCAUUAAUCACUACAGGCAAUAAAGUCGUUAAAGUAAAUCUGGCUUUAUUGAAAUAUGUUGCUGGUGUGGAAAUGGAUUCAAUGAUUUAGUAAUUCGCCGAACAACAGUACAAUAAUUGACUGUUAUGUACAAAUGAUUUGUCAUUGUUACGUAAUUAUAAGAUACGUAUAAAUCGACGUGUAACAAAAAAGAGAUAAACAAAUCAAGAUGA